GUAUGUCAGAGCACAUGGAAUUGCAACAUUUAGUUGAUACUGAUGUGGAGAGUAACACGACAAAUCACAAAAAAAAGUUUUUUAUCAUCUGUAAACCAUGUCCUUAUUUGGGUCUAGUAUUAGCAACAUUAUCGUCUCUAUUCUUUUCGUUAUGUAGUGUUAUCGUUAAGAGUUUGGUAGAGAUAAAUCCUACGGAAAUGGCACUUUUCCGAUUUGUAGGCGUGCUGUUACCAGCUAUACCAAUUGUGAUUUACAAAGGCCAACAUCCUUUCCCUAAAGGACGCAGAUUGAUACUUAUUUUAAGAAGUUUUAUCGGCACGACAGGACUUAUGUUGAGUUUUUAUGCGUUUAGGCACAUGCCGCUGGCAGACGCCUCAGUUAUCGUAUUUUCUGUUCCUGUAUUCGUGGCAAUAUUUGCACGGAUAUUUCUGAAAGAACCCUGUGGUCUGUUUAAUGUCGUCACUAUAUGUCUUACGUUAAUCGGUGUAGUACUGAUAACACGGCCACCGUUAAUUUUUGGUCACACCGUAGAAUCUCUUUCGGACGGCCACAUUAAACCAAAAAAUGCAGAUUUGUGGGGCGCUAUAGCCGCUUUUUCAGCUACUUUAUUUGGCGCAAAUGCGUAUGUUUUACUGCGGGCGUUGAAAGGCCUUCAUUUUUCUAUUAUAAUGACAAACUUUGGUUUAUUUGCUUUGAUCCAAACCACGCUUGUAUCGUGGGCAAUCGGCACGUUGUGCAUGCCACAUUGUGGCACAGAUAGACUCUUAGUUAUCGCACUCGCGCUAUUUAGUUUCGCAGGACAGAUCUUAUUGACCUUGGCCCUUCAAAUGGAGCAAGCUGGUCCGGUGGCCAUAGCAAGGUCCACAGACAUUGUCUUUGCAUUUUUUUGGCAGGUGUUAUUUUUCAACGAAAUACCAAAUCGAUAUUCCAUAGGCGGGGCUAUACUAGUCACCAGCUCGGUUUUGCUAACGGGAUUAAGAAAGUGGAUUCUUUCCUUACCGGAAACAUCAAAUAUUAAAAAGUCUCUUGGGAUCUUAGUGAUAUAAAUAAUAAUUUUUUUAGAGACGAAAAAGAGAACUUUAAACUUAAAUUAAAUUUUAAAUAAUUUUAAUAUAAUUAAUUAAUUUUAAUUUUGGCGUGAUACAGGAUGGUGUUAUCUUUUGAUUUGGCGCGUGUGUAUCUGAUGUACGUAGCAAGCAAGUUAUGAUGUGCUAAUUCGUUGUAUGUUAUCUUGCAGCGGCGUUUAAACUGGUGUUCGAAAUGUGACUAACACAUCGCUGUCACGUAAUUAAUAAUCAAAUUUAUGUUUGAUAAAAGAAAUGUUAUAGCGACGUAUAUGUAUGACUUAUGUGAUCAAUCGGUUUUAAGAAGUUAAAAUAUACGUUUUUACUGUAUUAUAUAUGUACUGUAUUUACUGUAUUAUAUAAUGGUAGCUAAUUUAGAGGCAUUAUUUUAUUAUUUCUUUAUUAGAAAAUAGGUGAAAAAUUUCACAAUGUUGCGUUUUUUAUUCUAUUUUACUUUUUAUUUUUUAUAGGAAAACUUUGCGUCCAUCUGUGCGGUGUCACGUACUGUUUGUGGAUAAACGAUUUUGUAUUAGAUUGUAGCGACAUGCAAGAGACGUAUCAUAUAUUUUCUGCGACUUUGCGAUUAAAAUAACAUAUCUUUGGUAUACCCACGGUCAUCGAUUCUGUUCUUCAGAAAAUUUUCUAAACUAAGAAGAUAUCAUCUUUCUAUGUACUCGCAGUUGAUGAUUAAUGUAAUGACUAGAGCUUAUUGGUUGUUAUGUUAAUCAUGAACUGUAAGUAUGUAAAAAGAUAGUGACUUUUUAAUUUGGUAAAUUUUCUGAGGGACAGAAUCGAUGGCCGUGGGUGUACAUUUGAUGUAAACAGGAAAAAUAUCUACAAUAUUAAUUAACUUCAAUUAAAGUUAAUUUAAUUUUAUGAAAGUAACUAAUUCAAUUAAGGCCAAAAAAGAGCAGCAACAUGUAAAUGGUCAAUAUAAACAUAUGAUUAUUGUGUGUACAACUUAGUUUGGUCCAUUUUUAAAAGAUGGCUGUAGGUGCUAUAAAUGGUUGACGGCGGCAACUGAUUUUUGCUGAAGUGUCAGCAUCUGUUAAUCAAAUAUUGUUUACAAGCCUUUGAGUUUUGUACAACAAGUUAAAUUUUUACUGCGUUGAAAAUGUCGAGUUUCGUUCCAAAUAAGCACCAUUUGCGGGAAGUAUUGAUUUUCUGUUUCAAUUGGAAGAAAAGUGUAGCUGAAGCGCAUCGAAUGUUUGUGGAAGUGAAUCUGCACCAUCGGAUAAAUCUUGCAAAGAAUGGUUUCGACGUUUUAAAAGUGAUGAUUUUAGUGUUGAAGACAAAGAGCGUUUGAGUCAACCGAAAAAAUUUAAAGAUGAAUAAUUAGAAACAUUACUUGAUCAAGAUUUGUGUUAAACACAAAAAGAGUUCAAACGAUAGCUUAUGGAAAAUGGCAUAAUAAAAGUGUUUUUAUUUUUUCUUUCCGUACCUUAUGAGAGGAGAUAUCGCGAUGCAAAUUCUAAACUCUACAUUUUUAUAUUAAGAAACGUCGUCGUCCUCAAAAAUUCUGCCUUUCACAUUUUCGACACAGAGUGGCGCUGGCAUACAUUAGUCAGCCGUAUGAGACUUGUAUAUCACCGCGCUUACGAUUGUCGUGAUAGGUUUCCUAACCUGUAAUCUGAAUCGUUAAUAAUAUCUUGGUUCGCGACGACACUUUUCUGCCGAAUUUAUUUGCGUGGUGCAAGAGCGUGUUGAAUGGGUAUAUAAUAAAUACGUGCAGUUAAAAGAAUAUAUUUUGCAUUAACUAGAGUUAAUAUUAUAUUAUCCUCUUACGAAUGCUACGUAUAAAAUUUUUAAGUUAAUAAUAUCUCGGGCAGACGACACUAUUUUCUGCUAAAUUUGUUUGUGGUGCAAAAACGUGUUAAAUGAGCCUUUAAUUAAUACGUGCAGUUAUAAAUAAUAAUCCUUUUUGCAUUAAUUAGAGUCAAUAUAUUAUACUCUUACGAGUGCAUCAGAUUUUCCAAGUAUUAUACCAAAUGUUUAUUAUUAAAUUUAUUUUUGUUUUCCUACCUUCCUUCAAUGCGUAUCUUACUUUUACGAGGGAAAAUGUGUAUUACUUUCUCAGAUCAGCCUAUAAGUCAUAAUUUUUUAACUCUAGCGUGUAAAUGUAUAUUUUGAAUGAAUUGACGUUUGAAGCAAAUGUCAAAUAGUUCAAUAAAGUUAUAAAACUGAUUCUAAUGCCUGUUGUACGUUCAAUUUUACAAGUUGAUUUUUAGAGGCCUUAACGAUGCGUGUUCUCUUUAACUUCAAAAAUUUGUAACUGAAUUUAUUAAUAAGUACAUUUUGAAUCCUGUUUAUUAAAGUUAAUAAAGUUAAGUCUAAUUCUUACAUUGUAUAUAGAGUUCACUGAACUAUUUGAAAUAAUACAUGAUAUUAAAUAUGUUUGUUGUGUUACAAAGAAAUUAAUGUUAACUGUAAUUUAAUAAAAUAUGUAUUGAUCUCGCUGUAUUACCUGAUAUUUAAUAAUAUUUCUGAGCCUCUUAUAAAAGGUAUUCUCUCUUAUAAGAGAUAAUUUAUUUUUUAACACUACAAACAUAUUUAAUAUCAUGUAUUAUUUUACUAAUUCAAUGAACUCUAUAUACAUUGUAAAAGUUACACUUGACUUUAUUAACUUUAAUAAAUAGGAUUCAAAAUGUAUUUAUCAAUUAAUUAAAUCCAGUUACAAAUUUUUUAAACCAAAAAGAACAUGCAAGUUAAGGCCUCUAAAACUUAACUUGUAAAAUUAACUGUAAAACAAGCAUUAGAAUUAUUUUUAUAACUUUGUUCAACCACUUGAUACUUGUUCAAUUUUACAAGUUGAUUAUUAGUUGUUUCAAACGUCAAUUCAUUCGAAAUAUGCUGUUGCGUGCCCGCCCUGAGAAAGCAUCUAAUAUCGAUUCGCGCGAGGCGAUCAAUAAGCGCAACAGAAGAAGAUUUUUCUCUGUCAACGGUUGUUGUGGUCGUCGUCGUCUUGAUCUUUUUUACGAACUGUCACGUUCUUAUAUUGAAGUUAUCUUUUUAAAAGUCUGUCUUAUUUUAGGAGUGCGCGUGUUAUUGUCACAGUGUAAGUGUGUGAUAACAAGAAGACCUUCCCAGUCGUAACAAUACAUUUACAAUAACGCUACAGUUAAAUAAUUAUGACUUGGAGGCAGAUCUGAGUAAGCGAAGCACAUUUUCUCCGAUUGAAUUUAUUGCUUCUGUUAUAUAUGGUACAUUUCACGCCAAACGGGCCAUCCUUCCAAAAAUUAACGCAAUUGAAAAAAACGUUUAAGGUUUCAAAAUAUUUGUAUAUUUCUGUAAAUUUGAAUGGAACAUAGCGGUUUGAAAAGUUCAAUAUGGUGGCUGAAAUAUGGCGCCUGAAAUCCACAAAAGUAAUGAAUGAUCUUACAAUAUCUUUGAUUAAAAUGCGAUAACUUGACAAAUCAACUUGAAAAUGAUGUUUUGUGUAUGCGUGCGUGCGUGCGUGUGUGUGUGUGUGUGUGUGUGUAUCAGUAUAUAUGCACGCAUACACAUAGGAUAAGAAAAGCAACGAAAAAAAUUGACAUAAGAAAGAAUGCGAUAAAUAUAACACUUGUAAGAUAUGCGUUAUAAAAGUAAUUACGCAAAGUAAGUUACAGAUUAAGUUUCUUUAACAUUUAAAUAAUAUUAUAAACAUAAUUUUCUAAGUUACUAUGAUUAUUAUGUUUUACAACAUUAUAUUUAUUAGGUUGGCAACUAAGUGAUUGCGGAUUUUAAAUAAAAA